AUGAACUCUUCAUCAUCUCAACCAUGCGUUCGUGCCAGAAUUCUAACGGCAUUAAAGUUAUCAAACAAAGGUAACAAAGAUUUAGGGAUCUCAUCCUCGAAUUUCAAAGGUUCGAAGGAUUACGAGGAGUCCGCCAAGGGAUCGAAACUAGAUGAUUGCGAUCCACUCUUGAUCGCACUAGCUAGAUCCAUCAACACUUUGACAUCUCAUAAAUAUGCAUGUCAAAGAUCGACCAAGGUUCCUAUCCGUGUACCCGCUGGAUUCCCGGUCAAUCACAACUUCAGUCAAAGGUUGAUCUAUCACUUUGAGGAUGUGAAGGACGAGACAGCAGAAAUUGAAGAGGAAGAUGACUUGGCUUUAGGAUACGAAGCUCAAACGAAACCUAAAGCGAUGAAACGUUCACAAUCGAUCAUUCCGAACUCUUCAUCUCCAAUGUCAGGAAAUGGGGACGAUGUGUUACGUUGCCCAUCAUCUACACCGAUCAGGCACUCUAGCAGAGACAAGCACUCAAAGACGAUGGUCCCAAGUGUCGUACAAUCGGGUUUAUCCUCUUCAAGUCAUCGUCAGUUAGUAGGAUCGGCUCGUACCUCUUAUCUCACGACGCCAUCUCUAACUUUACCAUCAACAAGAAGGAUUGAUAAAUCGAGUGGAACUCCUUCGCCUACAACUGGGAUGAUUCCAAGAUUAUCAAGUAAGAUCAAGCAAGUGGCAUGUCUUAUCAAGCCAAUCAAUGACCGCGAGGCUAUUCAAAAGAAUGGUCUCCUUCCACCGUUUGAUCUAACAGCUCCUGUUAGAAGACUUAACUACCAACCGUUCGUAUUCAAAGCGAUGUCAAUAUGA